AAAAAUAUCCGCGCCAACCCCCUCCCCUUCAGAUUCACAUUCCUUCUUCAGCUGAAAGCUUCCUUCCUUCUUCUUCCUCCUCUCUCUCCCUCUUUUGCUGCAGUUGCAGAGUCCUUCACGCACACAACUCUCUCUCUCUCUCUCUCUCUAUAUAUAUAUAUAUAUAUAGAUACAAACAGAGAUAAAGCAACAUACAAGUACGAAGCUAAUUGACUCCAGAGUAUUUAUAAAGCCGGAAUGGAUUCUCUCUCAUCUGUUUCGUCUUCAAUCGUCCUGCCUCCGAGUAAUUCUCACUUCCGGUGCCGCCACCGCCACCGCCACCGCCGUAGGCUGAUCUCUGUGGCCGCUCAGCCUGUCCAUCCCUCCCGUCUUUCUUCGUUUCUCUCCUCUUUCCUCACUAGCGUUCCCCGAUCGCCUGAUCCGUGUGGAAGGAGGUUUGCGCUGGAGAUUUCCUGCAAAUCCGCCGGUGGAGGGCCCGACGAUGAUGAUGGUGAGGGCGAGGGUAAGUACGGGAGAGAUGAGGAGGUGGAGCGGGCGCUUCGCUUGGACGGCACCAUUCCUGGGACAUCCAACGAGUUCGUAGAGCGAGUAUCGUCGCGUGCAUACGACAUGCGGAGGAACCUGCAACAGACGUUUGAUUCUAGCAGUUAUGACGUAUUGGAGAACAACCCAUGGAGAGAAACUUCAAAGCCUGUAUAUGUACUAACCCAGAGGGAAAAUCAGUUAUGCACAAUGAAAACUCGAAGGAAUCGCAGUGAAGUUGAAAGGGAGCUGGGUUUGUUGUUUUCCAAAGGGGGAAAAUGGAGGUCUGGAAUAGCAAAUCAGUCUAAGCAGUCAAGACCACACACAAAAUUUCAGAUGCUUGUGGAGGAUAUCAGAGAGGGAGUGCUUGUGUUCGAAGAUGAGAAUGAAGCUGCAAGAUAUUGCAACUUGCUGGAGGGAGGAGGCCAAGGUUGUGAAGGCGUUGCAGAGAUAGAAGCCUCUUCAGUGUUUGAUCUUUGCCAGAAGAUGAGAGCCCUAGCAGUUCUGUUCCGGAGAGGGAGGACACCUCCCCAACCAGAAAGCCUUAUGCUCAACUUGAGGGCUCGGAAACGGUCCCUUGAAGACCAAGAGGAUUGAUCAACCAACCGCUGUAAAGUAGCUCUUUGUUGUGGGUGGUGGAGAUGUUAUAAGAAUGUGAAGUCAAAGCCCAAAUGAUUCUUAUACAUAAUAUAUUCAUGGAAGAUUACUUCUUCUUCUUCUUCUCCUGCUUCUUUUUGGUGAUUUGCAAUGAAGCAACGAUGGUUAAAAUCUUCAUUGCCUAAUUACUGAACUUGAUGAGAUAGCAAUGAUACUGCAAUUAGUUUAUGCAUA